AUGGAAAACGAGGGGAGGCCCACGGAACUGGAGUCAGAUGGUGAUCCGUCAAUCAAACUGAACCCGAAUGCUGUUAGUUCAGGGCGAUUUAUCAAUUACGCCGCCAGUGAGUAACUUCCUCCGCCUCUGCUUUGAGUUAUUAUGUUUGACCAUUAUUAAGUUGGCAUCUUCUUUUCUCCUCCUCCUCCUCCUCCUCCUCCUCCUCCUCCACUUUCGUGAAAUUUUUGGUUGUUUUGUCUUUUUUUUCUCUUUUUUACACUCCUUCGGGUGAUAAGGUUGAUGGGAUUUCAGGGUUGGAUGUCGGUAUUGGGUGAGGCUUUCGGCUCACCAGGUUACUGUGCAUGAUUUUAAUCAUCCGUAAAAACGCACACCUUUUGAAACGACCCUUACUUUCUUCAGCCUUAAUUCGCUCUUAUGCACGUUUAAAUGCGGUUGGCUUCUCUGCCUCUUUUAUUCUGGCCGAUUAAUGACGCCGUCCAGUAACAAAGGUUUCACUGUAUUCCCGACGUGCAGUAGGUGUGCUAACUCAUGAAAUGUUAACCGAAAUUCUGAAGUGCGUCUUCGUUUCGAAAAGACCACUUAAGUAGUGUUGUAGAAUUAAUCAUCGUACAGCAUAAUUCUGUAAUAAUUCAGUUACCUCGGGAUGCCGGCUUUCCAAAGAACUUCUUUUCGACCGCAUGCAAAACCACACUACAUUGCUCAUCGAUGUCCUUAAAAACUUAAUUAUAUUUCAUGGAAAACAUGCAUAAAAACAUUCAUUCUUCUACCCACUUUGUAGAAAAUUAUGUCCUUUCCCAAUUUCAUACUCGAAGGGAGGGCAUAAUUCGGCUUUCAAAAACUUUUCCAAUUCCCGAAUAAUUUUUAAUUCGGCCUGCCGCUCACGGGUUAAUAAAAUCUAGCAGUGGAUUUGAGCCGCAUUGUGAACUUUACAAAUCGCGUUAUCAACCGCAGAGGCAAGAUGUUUUAUGAACGAGCAUUUCACGGUAUUAAAAAGUCUCAUAAUUUGGAACUUUUUGAAGAUCGAAUUUUACCCUUCCUUGGAGUAUGAAAUUGGAAAAUGACGUAACUUUCUACAAUAUGAGUAAAAGAAUGAAUAUUUUUAUGCAUGUUUGCCAAGAGAUAAGGGCAUCGAUAAAUGCUACUUAUGUAGUCGUUUUUUGCAGUGUUGUUUUGCAUGCGGCCGGAAAGAAGUUCGUUCGAAAGCCGGCAUCCCAAGGAAAUUGAAUUAUUAUAGAAUUAUGCUGUAUGAUGAUUAAUUUUACAACCCUACUUAAGUAAUCUUCUCGAAACGAGGACGCACUUCAGAAUUUCGGUUAACAUUUCAUGAAUUUGCACACCUACCGUAGAUACUAGCUAAUGACCUAGACACGUGUUUCACUGCGGUUAAUCUUCUCCGUAGGUCCUUCCGUAUUCUCUGCACGGUUGCAGGUAGAUGAAGUCCGUUAACAUCAACGCCCAUGCCUCCCUGAAGAAAACGAGAUUCAAGCGUUGGUUUUUAAAUUCAGCAAAUGGAACUCCGCAUUCUCUGACUUGCGUAGGGCUCCGGCUUAUAUAAGAUUAGGGGCGUCAAAUGACUCCGCCUUCCGUUUAUUCGUUCGCAGGUCUAGCCACAUCGCACAAUUCUACCCUAACCUACCAGUUCCUCCCCCUUCGGUGCACUGACGCUGAUCAGAUGACGCUGGAGGCCAUGAACUCCCUCUUAUCCGCAAACAACGUCUUUGGCAUUUUCUCGGAGUCCCCCUUUUUGCGACCCGUCGCCCUCCUGCGGCCUGUACAGUUCACCUGCCCAGCCAACGUCCCCCUUCAAUACCCCGAUCCCGAAAACAUGGUCCGUACGUUGCGAGAUCUGGCAGACCAGAAGGUUACUAGUAUCCCCCUGCUGUCUAUUCUCUCGGGUGCCAAGCCAAGUGCUGCCUCCCUGGGUUUCUACACUGGCUAUCUGACCUACAGUUUCACCCUCGAACUCGACGACAAUACGAUGCGUAUUCUGGUGGAUCAGUCACGACGACCGCAUGAGUUCGUCUGCACUUCGUGCUUGUUUGUUUAUCAUCUAAUCAACAUUGAGCCUCAUGCUUUCCUUGUUGAUAAACAAAUUAAUUACCGAACCUAAUAGCUACCUGCAUCUGAGGUCUGGAUUGACGAUGUUCAGUCUCGCAUUAUGGUUUCCUUGAAUCCCACUAGUCUGCGAAGGUAGGGAAGGUGGUGGGACUUGGUGUAUUCCCUGUGUCUUGUCUGUUUUUUGUAUGUGGCGACAUUUUUAACCCUCUUUUGCGGAAGUCUGGGAAGGCCAGAAGUUGCCAGUUAAUUGCCCUUGACCAGGCCGGAUGGUUAAACAUGUCCCUAUGCAAGCGAGUGACAGGUAGAAUUGAUCGAAAAUUAAAAAACACCAUGGACAGUCAGUUAAGAAAUGUCAGACGGGUUCGUACGUUGAUUAGGAAGAAAAUUGGAUAGGGUCCCGAGGAGUGUUUACAGAAGAAGCUGCUUUGAAAUUUGUAGGGUCAGUCGACUUAAGGUCGCAUCUUUAGGUUUGAUUGCUGAGAUAUCUUGCGUAAAUAAAUGAAAUUUGAAUGGUAGGCCGGGCAGUCCUUUUUCCUUAUAACAAAAUUCCGCAUCUGGUGGAGGAUAUUACAGUUCUUGAUUGUGUUUGAAUCUCUUCAUCAGUGUAGUCUAGCUGUAAAUCCCCUGUCGAAUUCCGCUUCCUGGCAGUCGCAAUCCUCAUGUGCCGGAUGGAAGCACGUUUUGUCUUCAAUCCGUUAGGCGGCGAGUUCCUUCCAUCACUAGUAUUUUUAGUUAGGCUCCAGUUAACUAAGCCCUCCACCCUGCCUCUUGCCACUGCCUUUCAACAUGAUAUGUCUUCCUUUUGAUAGUUAAACUUGCUGCCUCCUGUUCAAGCCUUGUCUUUGUGCUUCAGCGGCGUUGACAAGUACCGUCUCAUUCUUCGACUGGCUUGGGCUACGGCCGGACUUUACAUUCCACGUGACAAGUCCAAUCCCUCUCGCGUUCUCGCCUGCGAAGUGCUACCUCGCUGUCUCUCCGUCCGCGUUGCUCGUCGCAAUGUCACCCUUCCCGAUCCCAUCUUUCAUGGCGGCCAGGCGCAGAAAUUUGGUCAUCGUCUUCGAUUUGCAAUCGACAUCACUGACAAGGUUGUUUUUCUUUUCCUACCCGUUCACUGCAUGUCAUGGCUUGUUCAGUCUAAGCAUUCAAAAGAGGGGGCAGGAGACGACUUAACCAGCGUUUCGAAGUCGCACUCCAGUCCAUCAUCAGAAAAUAAAAAAAAUUGCAAACUGUGUUGUCUACGCCCAGUUGGUACAGUCGGAUCAGUUGGUGGUUGGGCAUUUGGAGGGGAGUCUGUACGGUAAUCUGCGUGACAUGUUCCCUUUUUUAAUUUCAGGCUGUUUUGCGGCGGCUGUGGGACUGAUCCAGCUCGACCGACUGAGUAUCAGUGCGGCAGAGCAGGCACACUGUCCACUCUCCAAUGAUGGAGUCUGGCAUAAAUUUGAAACUUGGGACAGAAUAGACCUGACUGAUUAGGUCCUUAGGGCGUGAAUCCUAACUUCUUCAGACUAGAGGGGUUUAAAGGGCGAUUCCCGAACACCAUCAGUGAUCGAAAACAACAGGUGGCUGUCACGUGUGUCGCGCGAGUCCACACAGUUUUAUUAUUGACUGAUCUUUCUCGUACUUGCAGAUUGUAACUCGAUCAAACUACUCAGUCCGCGGUCGGGGUGUUGAAAUUGAUUUAACCUGGCUGCACGCCCCUCUGGAGGACCACGCUCUGCCGCUGCUUGAAAUGGUCGGCUCCGGGUCCUGUACUCCUAUUCUCAAUCACUUACUCAACCUUCCCCUUGUUCAAGUCACUCUGGAUCGUGUCCAGCCCAUAGCGGAGUUUGUGCGCAUGUUUUCGUCGGCUGUUGCUGGCGAACCAGUCGCAGACCCUCCUCCGGGUUGCAAGUUUCCUCGCUUGCCAUCGGAGACCCCAGAAGCUCUUGUUGGUGUUUACGAUUUUUGUAUGUCUUCUGAUCGCGUGAUCGCGGCCUCCGAGACAUUGGUGAGUUCUCGUCCACAGUGGUUUAUGGUUUGUAAAUUUGAUGUCUACUAUCAAAACAUCAGUACGAAGUGUCCGUAAAUGCAGGCGACUACUUGAGUCCCAGUUGUGCAGUAGGUCGGAUAACUCUUGAAAUCUCAUGAGUUACCACAAGAAAAUCCACAUAACGCAAAAUCCGUCCAAGCUGCCUUACACCAGAGAAAAACGACUGUUCUCAAGAAGAGGACAUAGUUGGGUCUACAAAUUACUACUUACUAACAUAGAACUGAUUAAUUUCUCCUGCAACCUGGAAUUUCAGAAGAUUGUUGUUGCAGAUUGCGUAAAUAAGGCUCAUUGUGGAUGGAUAUUUCCUGUGAACGGCCUCAAUGGGUUUAUAGUGAUUCGUUUUUUGUGUGCGACCAAUAAAGUUGUCGUCUUGCCUACUUGUGGACCGUUUUUUGUCCACCCUGUUUACUUUUUGGGCGCCGCUCCAUCACAAAUAAUUCGCCACAGAGUGACAGCAUGUCGCAGGUGCUUGAUAUAAACUUUUCUUUACGUUUAGUAAUUUUCGGUGUGGUAAAACAAACAACCGUCCAAAAAGUCUUUUAGUAAGUUUUAUGACACGAAUGGUCACGAAUUUACAAAACAAAAUUUUAUAAUUCAUGGAUAUUUUGGCAGAUUUUGAAUAAUUCAUAUUGACCCAACGGUGAAAAACUGGAUGCCUUGGUGUGAUUCGAACCCACGCAGUAAGUGGAAGGCACAGUAAUUCUCGGUGAAACAAGUCUGUUAGUGAGUUUUAUGGCACCAAAAGUCACAAAUUUACAAAACAGUAUUUUUUAUAACCGAUUUUGCCCCUUUUUUCUUGAAAAUAAAGAGAUUUGUUAUACCCGGCCUCAUCUGAUUUUCAUGGACGCAGAAUCAAACUUUCCGUCUCCUGAAGGCAAUAAUGUCAUGCUUUUCUUGUUUUUGUUAAUUUUUGUUCACGGCCAAACAUGAGGUUUUGAUCAGCCACUUUUAAGAGUAGGAAAUUACCUGGAUAUCGGAAAAGUUCAGAAUUCGUCAUCACGAAGUUUCAUCAGUGGGGCUGCCUACUGUAUAUCCGAACCUGAUCGAUGCAGCCAUUUGCCCUUUUUCUGAUUUUCCAACAAACACGAAACCCUAAGAGUUGUCUUGCAGCAUUUUCCACUUUUGUCUCAGAUACUUAACACUUUGCACUCUUUUCUUAGGCAUUGGUUAAGUCCAAGCUGACUUCCGAGGAUGAGUUGCAGUCCGAUAGAUGGAUUCCUGUUUCCUUGCUCUGCCCCCUCGCUCUCACGCGUAUCGAAGUGAGUCCAUACAUUUUCGGCGAUACUGUUGCGUCGUUAAUGUCAGCGUUCCUAGCACGAUUGUGACCUCCGACGGACUUUUUAGCACGAAGAUAACUUUAUUUUUCGUCGGAAGCGCUAGAAGUGAUUUAAUGGCCCUACAUGUGUACCCUGUCUCCUCUGCAGAUCCCUGUGCGCUCAGUGAACUGUGACCAUCUGCAGUGCUUUGACCUGUCCUCCUAUCUGACGAUUAACAAGAAGCGUCCUCGGUGGUCCUGUCCUGUCUGCAGUUCGCCGGCCCCAUUCCGCGAUCUGCGACGCGAUGAGUAAGUAGUUCUGCCGCGUCCAAUUUUUCUAUUUUGUUUCUUAGAUUGCCUACCUUAUGUGUUAACUUGUCGUAACCAUCUGGAAAUGGCAAUUUGUGCCCGUGUCAUUCGUUCAUCGAGAGUUUUAUUCAGACGCCUGACCAAUUUGACCACGGCGCAGACCCUUUUGGGCGUCAUCGGGAAUUUUAAGACGCACGUCAGUGUCGUCCACCAGGCCCAUAGAUAAAGUGAAAUCGCUCCUAUUUCGUGUUGCAUUUAAAAAUCGCUGGUUUCCGUCUUGCAGUCAGAAUGCCAGUGCCCUUUGGACUAUAUUCACCUCUGGCUAUUCUGUUAGUCUUGAAUAGAGUGUACUAACUCACGAGUAUUGCCUUUUCGCGUCCCGGCGAAGGUGCUGUCCAGUUAUGGUCAGAGGUCCAUACUCUCAUGUGGCCUUAAACCAGUCAAACUGAGUUGCUAUCAAUACGCACAGGGAGGCAAAACUAGGGUCAGAGGAAUGACUGCGUUCUGGCAAUUAUCCAACAGCUGCGGAAAUGGGAUAUUUUUCACUCUUCAAUACGUUUAAUAAUUUGUUAACUUGUCAACUGCUUGUUUGUUCGGCCGAUGUACUUUCAUGCACGAAUACAUUCAUUUCACAGCACUCAAAGAGGGUGCAUCAUUGGUUCUGUUUUGAUAAACUCUUAAGCUUCUUCGUCAAACUGAUGGCAGAUCCGAGUCUCAAGGAUGCCAAAAUGGUCCACGUAGAUGCCAAUGGACACUGGCGAGAGGCCUCCAACCCCGCCGAGUCUGAUUACUCUGCUACUGCUUCCGCCAACGGGUCGAUUCCCGGAAUUCCUGCGGACAACCAGACAACUGCUGCUGUUCCCUCACUGCUAAAUGGGACCUCUAGGAUGUCGCCUUGCAUAUUGGAGUCAGAUUUAUCAUCUGAGCCGGUGGCGCCCAUAGAUCCUGAUGUCACUCAAUCCAGUGACUGUGUCGUUCUUAUCGACGACGAUGACGACCAGGAGGGUAGCGCGACGCAACCGGAACAGCCCACUUUUGCUCAUUCCACGUCUUUCAAUGAUUGCUGCGCACCGUCUCCUCCCGCUGCCGUCACUGAUGAACAGCCAGCUGAGCUUCCUUCUGCGGCGCCCGAUUCUGCACCGACGAAGUAGGCUUCCUUUUUCUAUCCGCCCUCGGUAACCGGCUUAGUGUUCAGUCAGUUUUGCCUUUCCAUUUGCAUGUCUUUUCUUGCACACAAAGCUAGAUGCGCUGUCGACAAAGGUCCAUUCAGUGCAGGCGGUAACAGCUCGUAAAUACAACAGUGACCACGAGAUCCAGCAGUUAGCACUCUGCCGGUUUGGUUUUUCGUUGGGGUGAGCCUGCAUAUGGAGUUUUAUUUCUCCUUCCAUUUCCAACCACAACGUUCUAGCCUGUUUGUCGAUCUGGCUGCAAGCUCAGACGAGGAACCCAAUACGACGACGGCAGCAACUCUAUCGCUCUCCAAUCCCGAACUCUCGGCAGCAUCGGCGCCAUCAUCAGCUCCUUCCACCACGACGGAGAACUGCAGUCUCCCGACUGUGAUUCCGUCCCCUCCCCUCGCGGGCCUCUCCGUGGACAUCGCCCCACCCCUGUCAGUCCCCCCGCGACCCCUAAACCCCGUCAGAAAUGCUACGCACCGCCCCCCUCCCCCCGCUCCUGUUGCUGUUGUUGUCAACGCCGCUGGGACUUCCUCCACCCCGCUGGCAUCCGCACCUCCGAGCAGGCCAAACAAGGCCACUGGGUAAGAAUUGAAUAUGUAAGCCUAUUGGACAUAUCUAACACAUGGACCUCUGUAAAUCGGGUAUGUUGGUAAUGAGAGUUUUGGGGUGGAACACGAGGAAGCGAAGGCUAAAAGGUUUGAGGAAAGAAAAGUCCAAGAGGGCGGAAGUAAACCGUACGGUUGUUUAAACGCCCCCUAAUAAACGUAAGCCCACAAAUUCUAGUACUGUAAGCAAACGGACUGUAAAGGUCCACAAAAAGCGAACGCGAAGGAUAUUUGGCAGCAAGUUCUGGAAAAAUGAUUAUUGUAAGUACCGACCAAUGGUGGGUAGACGUAAAUUGUGAGUCACAUAUGGCUUAAUCUGACUGAUGUAAUAGCCGCGAUGGGAAAUGUUGGCGAGGUCGAGAACGUAGUUAACGAAAGAUAGGCGGAAUCGUCAACUAAAAGUAAAACUGCGCUAGCAUUCUGAAAUGUAGACGCGAUGUAUGGGGGGACGGAGUCGUAGUAAUAUAAGUCAGGUGAGAAAUGUUGGCGUGACUAACCUACGUGGAUGUGUACCUGAAGACCGAACCCAGGCGAACUCCAAUGCGGGAAUGGUGGUAAAAUGGGAGUUUUAUGGAUGGAGCUAACUAAACAGUCGGAAAGGCCUGCUCAAAUCCUGAAAAAAGCCAAAGACAAGGGUCGAUUACGCUGUCCAGGUCCCAAAAACUGAAUAAUAAGCGCGUGUAAUACGGCAACGGUAGUAAUAGGGGUUUCACGGGUGAGGCAGAUGGAAAACACACGUAAGAAGUAACCCAGUGAUGGUAUAUUGUUAGGAAGUCGCGCAAAAUAAAGCGAUUUGUCUAAAUGACAAUGUAACCAGCGCGAAAUCUGAACAGCGGUGUAAGUAGCCGAAAAAAAGAAGUCCCACCCCCGAGAGAGGUAAUUGGACCGUCAAGGCCACUGAGGCUGAACCGACUGCAACGCGGACUAACGGAAACCUGAUGGGGUUACUAAUGCCGUAGAAAGUGGGUGUCCGUUGGUAAAAUACAUUGUAACAAACCUAACUGGAACGAAGACUAGGGAUGCCACGAGUGGACCAAAAACAGGUUUCUAAGGGAAGUUUGGGGAUUAUUUCUAACGAAGAAAAGAGGAGGGCCUCGGAUUCCUAUUUCCCAAAUCAUUUUUAAGGGAAGCCGGUUUUGUACGCUUUCGAAUGCCGUCAAGAAGGCGAAAUGCGGCCGUGAAUGAGGCAGUGAAAUAGCCAAAAGAACGUCUAGGGAGAAUGAAGUCGGCGAACCCCAUAAGAGUGAAGUGGGGACGCUGACCCAAUGACAUAAUGAUGCAAAACAGCGGAACACAGGGAAGUCGCUGAAGGAAAAGUAUACCAAAUAAGUCAUAUGUGCUAUUUAAGUGACAGUGAUACAGAAUAAUGUCAGUUAAGCACAAAUUUAUUUUAUCUUGAAAAAAGACAAUCAGUGUACUUGAGAAAAUUAUGUUUUCAUAUUGUAGAAUGCCUACUACGAAGCCUCCCAAUGCCAAACGGUGGUGCCCUCAAGCCGAUGCGCUCGUAACGGUGGACAACAUCAGGGAGGCAAUUGAAAUGCCGAACGUGAUAGCAUAUUGUCAGGAGAAAAGACUGCUCCCCACAAUCCAAGCCUGCCUCUGCCGUAAGCCGAUGCGGCUGCAUGCGCGGAAAGUGUGCUCUGAUGGCGUCAUCUUUCAAUGCACCAGAUGUCACCGCCGAAAGUCAGUUCGAACGGGCUCGCUGUUUGAAGGCAGCCACCUAACCCUGUCAAAGAUUAUGAAAAUACUGCUGGCCUUCGUGAGAGGGGCUCGAGUGAAACAGUGUGAGCAGGAAACUGAGGUUGCGCACAACACAGUCCUCAGCUGGUACCGCAUCUGCCGGGAUGUCUGCUCAGCCGUUCUGCCGCGACUGACACGACAACUUGGCGGGCCCGGAAUUGAAGUUCAGCUUGACGCGACGAUGGUCAGCCGCAGAAAGCGCAAUGCCAAACGGAGACGUGUACCCUACUGGAUCGUCGGCAUGUACGACACACGGCAGCGGAGGGCUGUUUUCGAGCAGCUGAAUGACAGGAGCUGGACCUCCCUACGCGCUGUCAUCAGGCAGUGGGUGGCCAGCGGUAGCGUAGUCGUAACGGAUGAGUGGAGGGCAUAUAAUGGCCUGCCAUCAGAAGGAUAUCGGCACUGCAGGGUUAACCGCACACGAAAUUUUGCGGAUCCAACGACGGGCCGCCCCAGAAACGCCGCCGAGGCCUAUUGGAGCCGGCUGAAGAGGAAACUGCGCGAAAGUGGCUCGGUGUCUAGAAGAUCUCUGUGGGCGCAUCUGGACGAAGCCCAGUACAGAAUGUGGUUCGACCUUGACCGAAGCGGCCUUAAUAUGGCCUGGAACACGUUUCUUGGACAUGUUGCUGAAAUCUAUCCGGUUAAGCAAACCUCCCCCACGCAUAAUAUGUUUAAUGUGUAA